UUUGUAGCAAAAGUACAAACAUAAAAGGUGUUUUCAUUAUAAAAAUGUAACACAUUCUUUAUGUCCUCAGAUGAUGAAAUCGAUCAUGGUAUGCCAGACGGUGAUGGGGCGCAUCCAGAAAGAGGAACCCCGUCAACAAAAGGCAAGGGCAAGUUCACCAACCUGGGCAAUUUCUUCAAGCCCUGGAAGUGGAGGAAGAAGAAAAGCAGUGAUAAGUUCAAAGAAACUUCAGAAGUGCUGGAGAGGAAGCUGUCCGUGAGGAAGCCCAAGCAUGAGUUGAUAGAGCGAGGAUUACUGAAGGACAUCCCAGAGAAUGGUAUGACUACUCAAUGGGGACAGUUGCACUUAUUUGAAAUUGCAUGCGUGCAUGUAUUAGGGAUGGAGCGGAUCACCGUCACGGCUGUCGAUUGGCUGGAGAAGUUUGUGACUGCCUCAUUCCUCAUUAUAGUGCAGCAGCCCUAA